AUGAUAGAAAAGACUUUGGAAUUACUGCUCACUCGGUCUACCAAGAAAUCCCUCUGGUAUCUGAGAACGGGCGAUUUUCUUGUUACAGACGACUGUCUGCUUGCUGCACUUGGUGUCCUGAUCAGUGCCAGUAUCGUCGGCGCUGGCUUCUCAGCCGAGGGGAUGGUUUUUGGCAACGCCGUGGGCAGCUUGACUCCAUGCGAGAUGCCAGACUGUAUCCGGCCACGAGAUGAUUUCUUUGGUUUCAUGUGCUUCGAUGUGGCCGACAUCGAGUCUAUCUUCAAUAUUUUCAGCUGGGUAGGAGUUGUAGGGGUUGGAUGGGUGUGCGAAUCAAUCUAA